AGGCUGCUAACUUCUCCCUUUGCAGUGAUAUUAGCAGCAGCAGCAAGGAUGCCGGCUGGACACGGUGUGCGAUCAAGGACCAGAGAUCUCUUCGCUCGUCCCUUCAGGAAGAAGGGUUACAUCCCCCUCUCUACUUAUCUCAGAACAUACAAGGUAGGCGACUAUGUCGACAUCAAGGUAAACGGUGCGGUUCACAAAGGCAUGCCCCACAAGUUCUACCAUGGCCGCACCGGUCGCGUCUGGAAUGUCACCAAGCGCGCUAUUGGUGUCGUCAUCAACAAGCAGGUUGGGAAUAGGAUUAUUGGGAAGAAAAUUCAUGUUAGGGUGGAGCAUGCGCAGCCGUCGAGGUGCAGGGAGGAGUUUAAGUUGAGGAAGAAGAAGAAUGAUGAGUUGAAGGCUGAGGCCAAAGCUUGUGGUGAAAAGAUUAGCACUAAGAGGCAGCCUCAAGGACCUAAGCCUGGAUUUAUGUUGGAGGGUGCUACUCUUGAAACUGUCACUCCUAUUCCUUAUGAUGUGGUCAAUGAUCUCAAGGGUGGUUAUUGAUUUUUCUUAUUUAUGAUUUCCUAUGCUUUCAUUUUUAUCAAGAAUUUCUCGUGUUUUGUGAGACGUGGAUGAACUUGUACUUUUGUUAUGUGUAAUUUAGCUUCAUACAAAGUAGACUACUAUUAUUUAGCAUUAUCCUUUCGUGUGAGAUAUGUAUGUCUUUCCUUUGGUUCUGAUGAAAUUGACUACGUAUCAAUCUGAAUAGAUUAAUUUGGGGGUUUCAGUC